AUGAACAACUUUUAAGAUGAAUUAAGAAAUGCAGAAAAUGCAACUAGCAACGAAUUUCUGUCUUGGUUAUAGAAAGUCAGUUACGAACUUCUCUAAUAAAAAGAAUACACUUAUGGCUAAGAAUUUUUUAGAUUUUAACACAAUGUAUAUGAACUUAUCUUCAAAUAAAAUGGUAAUUUGAAUAAUAGAUUUCGCGAUACACAAAAAAGAUUUUCAUCAGUUGAAGACACACUUUAACUUAUAAAAUUGUUGCAUUUACUUUCACCUGAAGAAAUGUCAUUUUAUUCAGCGCUGCCCUCUGAACAUCCUUAUCAUCCUGUUUCAUAAGAUGUAUUGCCUGCACAUAUACGAUUAUAUUUUAAAGACCCAUCAAUUGCUCAUAUGAAUUAAUAAUACUAUACUUUUUAAGAAAUAUUUUAAGAGAAUAUUUUAGUUGAAAAAAAUUAACUAAAAUUUUGUGUUAGUGCAAAAAUGAUGUUUUGGAUCUAUUUAUUAAAUGGGGCCAUUAAUUUCAAGGAUAGUGCAUUGUAUGUUACAGAGAACAGUCAAAAAGUGUUAGAUUGUGCUUUUAAUAAAUGCAAAAGGAAAAUUAAUACAAAGGAUCCCUUAUUAAAAUAACUCACUUUUAACCCAUACCUUGUUUUAGUUAGAAGAAUUUUAGAACACAUGUACGCAAAAGUCAAAGAAAAUAAUUAAAUCAUCAGCAAUUCAAAGAAACAUUUUGCAAUCUUCACUUUUCAAUAGAUGAUUAUACUAUUAUAAGAAUAUUCAUUAUACGAACAUUUAUAUGUUUCUAAAUUAUUUGAAUUGAAUCUCAAUAUGGAUCAAUCGAAAUUACUGUAGAGCAUCAAGCCAAGCAGCGUAGUCUUGGAUACGCAGAUGAUGCUCGUUUAUUUAACAAUAUAUUUUAACUCCUAAUACGGGAUUGAUUUGGAAACAAUGUAUUAAUAGUUAAAACCAUUUUUUAAAAAUAAUGAUAUUUCUACUAAAACUAAUUAAUUCAUCUAUUAAAACAGAAGCUUUUUCUUUGAAUGUGGAAGAUAGUAGUAACCAAUAACCUAUUAACAAGGCUUAUACAAGUUCUUUUAGUAAUCUUUUGAGAUUUAUUCUAAUGAGAGACAAUGCAAUUAGAUAACAAUAUAUUCACACUUAGCAGCUUAUGUUAUAUUUUUAAGAUGGCAAUUUGUUAAAUAUGAAUUUAACAUCAAUAAUUAAGCUUAAAUUUUUGAUUAGGCUUGCUCAUCCUGUGUUGCCUCAUCUAAUUAAAUUAUGAUUCAACUUUAAAAAAGGAGGGAUACUACGGAUAAAGGUAACAAUCAAUUGACUAAAUUUAUCUUCACUUAGCUCUAUCCACUUUAUUAGGUCUUUAAAAAUAAAUUUGGAGAAUGUCCUUAAGCAAUUUUAUUUAAGGACUUCAAACCACAAUUAAGAUUGAGUCAGUUUGAGUAUCCAGUUGACACUCAGAAUAGAGAAUUUGAUCCCCAAAAAAAUUAUAUGAGAAAUUCAGUAAGACUCUAUUAUCCUUUUUACACAAAAUUGCUAAUUACUAUUUUUUAAUGUUUAAAUAAUUUAAAUUAUGUUAAUGAUUCAGAAUACGAAGGAUUAAUUCAUUUAUUGACGUUUUUAAAUCCUCAUAAUUAAAAUUCAUUCUUUUGUAAUUCAUUACAAUUUCUUGAUUAAGAACCUUAUUAAAUUCCAGCAUAUUCAGAAGUUAAAAAAUUUUUGUGA